AUGUCAAGCCACAUUAUCGCAAGCUUUCAACCGGCAAAGGAAAGAAUCCAAUUAUGCGUAACUACGCUUGAAUCUAUCAACGAUAAAUGGUUCACAUAUACUCAACAAAUCGUCACGAUGAAAAGAAGAGAAGAAGAGGAAGAAAAAUACAAAACAGUAACAGAAGGUGACCAAGGAAUAUUUCAAUUAUUACACGAAGGAAAGGAAGCUGUAAUAACACUGACAAUGCACAAGGAUGAAGUCGACCAAAACUUAAAACAACUCUCAAAGGAGUUGACGAACAAACAAACAAAAGAAGAAGCAAAAUUUACUCUUUCUUCAAAUACUAAUGUAAAUCUUCCUCAUUUAUCGCUCCCUACUUUCGAUGGAGACCCUAGACAAUGGCGACAAUUUUGGAGCAGUUUUAACGCAGCAGUUCACACACAAGCGAUUCCAGAAAUACAAAAAUUGAAUUACUUGUACUCAUGUCUUAAAGGAAAGGCUCUACAAGCAAUAUCUGGAUAUGAUAUAGCUCCAGAGAAUUAUGAAGUCAUCAGAAAACUGCUCAAUGAAAAAUAUGGCGAUCACUCAAUAGUAACAACAUUACUAUACAACGAACUCCAAUCAAUUAAACGAAAUGAAAGAGAAUGGAUUGGAACAAUUGAAAAUAUAGAACGAGUACUACGCCAGUUAGAAGCUCUAGGAGAAAGCCUCGAACAUUCAAAUAUUGAAAUCUUGAUCGAGAGCAAGUUGCCAUUAUGGAUAUUAAAUAAAAUAUAUAAACACAAGAAGAAAGACAUGCCUUGGUCAAUUCUCAAACUAAGAAACUUUUUAACAAGUUUAGUUAAUGUGAAUGAACAGAUUAGAAACUGUCAACAUUCACUCACUCAACUCAAUAUUAAAUCUACAAUUACCAAACCGGAACAAAAACAACGAUACAAUCCCGGAGGAACUUCAGCAUUGUCGACAAUAAAAGAUAAUCAAAAUACUUCGAAAACAAAUGAACGGAAUUGGACUGAUUCAAUCUUCUCCUAA